AUGUUUCGUUGGUUUAACACCGAACGCCCUGCUCGAAAACCAGUAGACAUUUCCACCCUCCCCAAGUGGUCUGAUUUGAAAGAAAUGACAUAUGUUGACACGGCUAUAUCAGUAGACACUACAUUAAAUAGUCGUGUUAUGGUAUAUAAGGGGGACAUCACAAACCUCAAAAUCGACGCUAUUGCGAAUGCUGCGAAUUCAGGGAUGCGUGGAGGCGGAGGAGUCGAUGGGUGUAUCCACGACGCUGCGGGCGAUGAAUUACUCGACUAUUUACGAGCCCAUUGUGCACACUGCCCGACGGGGAGUUUCUUUCCGAGUCCCGGCUUUAAAAUCCCAUGCAAACAGAUUUUACACGGAGUCGGACCGAUUGGAGAGGAGCCCAAACUAUUAAGUUCUGUAUAUGAGAAGUGUAUGGACUAUUGUAAAAAGAAUAAUUUAAUGAGUGUGGCGUUUCCAUGUAUAUCGACGGGGAUAUUUGGAUAUUCAAAUACUAAGGCGUGCCCAGUAGUACUAAACUUAAUAAGAACUUGGCUUGAUAAGAAUAGAGACUGGAACGGUGUAGUCAUGUUCUGCUGUUAUAGUCAGAAAGACACAGACACUUAUAUGGAAAAUCUGCCAAAGUUCUUCCCUAAAUAUACAAAGACGGAAUUUUUAGUUAAUCGAAUGAAAAUCUGCUUAGAAAGAGAGAAAAAUGCUAUUGAAAAAGUUGAAUACAAAAUUGAGAAGAGAAAUAUAGAAGGAGGUGUUGUUGCUGAGUUUGAUCAAGUGAUGCAAAAAUACACAAAAAUUUUUGUGCAAACGGCACAACUUUUUGAGAAGGAAAAUAAAGAAGAAAAAAAAUUGGAACACAACGAAGAAAAAAAGACUGAGAAAGUCUGUGAGACAAAAGAAGAAGAAAAGAAGACUCAAAAAAGUCUUGAAGAGAUCUUAAGCGACUUUAAAAAGGUCUUAGAAGAAGCCAAAGAGAAAGUGGUGUAUGGCAUUGCUUUGUUUACAAAUAACGAAUUUGACACCAGUAAAGUGGUGAUGAUGAAAGAAGAAAUGAUUGCAUUCAGUAAGACAAUUUCAGACGUUGCAGAACAGUUCAUCGUCGUCGAGAACGAAUUGAUUGAAGAACAAAUGAGGAAGAAAGAGGCUUCUUCGAUGGAGGAAGAACCACCAAAAGAAGAGAAGAAACUAAGUGAAAAUGUCGUACCAAUGGAACAGGAAAACAUUGGAACACAUCAAGAAGUGGCACCGAUGGAAAGAAAGAUAGAAGUCGUUGAUGUGUCACAGAACAAAGAAAUACCAGAAAACAAAGAGGUGAAAGAAACUAAAAAAGAGGAUUAA